AUGAAACCGAAAGCAGCUACAUCGAAAAGUUUUGAUCGAUCAAAACUACUUUUAUUUAAAUUUCUAGCACAUCAAAUUCAUCCAUUUGCUUAUGGUGUAAAUACUUUUCUUCAACCAGCUCUUGAUGAUUGCCGAGUGCUAUUGCAAAAUAAUCCACAAGAUACAUUUAAGAUGUUACUAUCGUUUGCACAAACAUUUAUUAGGUUUGCACCCGAUUCAGAAUUGAUCUAUGAUGAUAUACAACAAUUCGCCAGUAAACUCAAAGAUGCGAUAGACGAAUGCUUCAUCUGGCUUGAUACCGAUAGUAUCGAACAGUCAUCACAAGACAUUGAAUCAGUUCGUCAAAAUCUUUUAUCUAUAAUUCAGCAAGAAAACAAAAGCAACACUCUUUAUGCAAACAUGUAUAAAAAUAUGUCAAAUUUAACAAAUCUUCAAAAGACGAAUUCAUUGCCAACAGAAUUACAAUCUCUAUCAUUCAACAAUAGUUGCGAUACGACAGCUUCGCUUGAAAUGAUAAAUAAUAAAGACAUAGGAAUGAAAGGCAACGGAAAUUCAGAUUUUCACGAAUUCGAGGCACUUAUUGCAAAGCGAAUGAUGGCACAUUCAUUUCUACCUGUAUCUAAUAUACCUUCAAUUCACAAUGAAAAACCUUCAACAUUGCCUUUACCAACACAAAACACAGUCGCUUCAUCGAUGGGCACAUCAGUUACAACAAAACUUAUGAAUCAAAUGAAGAAUCUAACUGUUUCUUCCAAGACACCUGAUCCUAUGUCAUUACGACCUAUGUCCACGGCAUCGUUUCAAAGUGAAUACGAAAUAAAAUAUGCCUUAGAAUCAUCUAGCAAAACGCAAACAGAGACUAUAGCUGAAUUUCCACCAUGCCAUACACCGGCUUCGAUACUUUUCAAUGACGAUGCUCAAACUAUUAAUCAUGAUGAAGAUUGCGAUAUGGAAAGAGGCCAACAAUAUUAUCUAGAUCCAAUUUUUAGGGAUCCAAGUGCAGCUAGUCACGAGUGGCAUCAAAUUAAACAGAGUCUUUCUAUUGUUAUCGAACAGUCCCAUAUGAAUAACACAACAGCAGCUCAUCGCCAACACGUAACUGAUGAAUAUAUAAGACAAUUUGGAUAUCAACAAACUCGGCCUAUUCUACGUGGCGAUCUCUGUAUGACAUAUGGUACACCACAAACGGGCCCGCAAGCUACUUGCUUACCAAUUGGAAUUGCAUUGUCACAUGACGAAUCAACAUUACUUUCAUGUGACGUGCAUCGUAGUGCACAAAAUGUUCGUUUAUUCGAUGUUGAAACUGGUCAAUUAAAACACACCAUUACUGGAAAUCAGCAAAUGAAAUUUCAUCGCCCAAGUGCUGUGAUGAGCAAUUCAAGUAAUAAUAUUCUAAUUGUCGAACGAGAUUAUAUUUAUGUAACGGAGCCUGACGGUCGUUUAAUACAAACUAUUGGUCAUCGUUCUAUUAAACAAUUAUAUGGUAUUGCUUUAUUCCAUGAUCGUUAUCUAUUAACAAUUGAUUCUAAAGCAACCGAUGCUGAUACAGCCGAAAAUAGUCGCUUGCUAUUGUUCGAUCCAAAUAAUGGUCGAUUGGUAUUUGAACAGCCGAUUAUGAUGAAUCGAGAACCAGAAGAAAAGUUAAGAGAACGUUACGUAAAACAUGUUGUAGGAAAUAUUUUGCCUCAAACAACCAGUAAACCACGUUUUGUUGCUGUACAUAAUGAUAAUAUUUAUAUAGCUGAUCUUGGCCGUAGUUUAAUCUAUGGAACAAGUAUUCGAAAUCGAUUUCAAUAUGAUUGCAUAACUGUGUUCGGUGGUCAUGGUCGAGGUGAUGGCGAAAUGAUAGAUCCAUCGGGUUUAUUUGUUGAUUCCAAUGGAAAUAUAAUUAGUGCUGAUAGUAAAAAUGAUCGAAUUCAAGUAUUUAAAUCUGAUGGUGAAUAUCAAACGACAUUAAAACUAAAUGAACGUAUAAAACGUCCAUCGGGCAUUUGUACGAAUCGCAGUGGUACAAAAUUUUAUGUUUCAUGUUACCUAGCUGGAUGUGUACGAGCAUUUAAUAUAACUUAUUAG